CUCCCCUGACCCACGUGUCCCGCCAGGCCCCACCCCGGACCCCUCCCGGCGGCAGAGGGAGCAGCAGCGGCGCCGGGAGAUGGAGGCACGGAGGGCGGAGCGGCGGGGGGGGCUCGAGGCCCCCCCAAAUUGGGCACACGGAAACUCGACUGAAAUGGGAGGGGCGGGGGGGUGGCAAUGCGGACCGGGGAAUAAAGGCUCCGGGAACCACAAGUCCCAGCGGCCCUUGCGCAGGGGGGAGGGUGGUGGCGCUGUUGAGUGACGUCACGGAGCGCGCCGCGAGCUGGUGGCCACGUGACAGAAAAUGGCGGCGCGCGGAAGGAGGAGUCGGCGGCGGGAAGAGGAUCCCCGCGUGCGGCUCUCGAAGGCGCUCAGUUUCUUCCUGCGGCACGGAGCGAGCGAGGCGGGGCUGCCAAUGGCCGACGAUGGUUUUGUGGAGGUGGGGGCCCUCCUGCGGCUGCCACGUUUUGCGGGGGUGUCAGAGGAGGAGGUGCGGAGCGUGGUGGAUGCUGACCCCAAAGGGCGCUUUGCUCUGCGCCCCAACCCGCUGCGCAUCCGUGCCAACCAGGGGCACUCACUGCAGGUGGGGAGGGGGGGUCACCUGCGGGGUUCCGGGGGGGUCUGGGGGGGACCCUUAAGUG